UCAUGUUAUUUCAGCUUAAGAACGACGGCACGCCCAUGGAAUUCACCCCACAUGACGCGAGGCAUAUGCAGCUGUUUGAUAAGUACGUCCCCCAUGCUGCCGUUACGCUGCAAGCUCUUUAACAACCACCAGGCGACCAGUCAUCACCGGGCCGUGCCCUAAACGACUACAAAUGACGGUUACGAAAGCAUUUCCACUUUAAAACAAUUCAAAAGUGACAAAAUGGCAACUCGGACUCUUCCGAAAAACUUCUACUCAAACCCGGCCUUCAGUCAACAAAGUGAGUUUUACAACGGGAAGCCUCUGUCUCAAAUCGUCCAAAACGUCCGGCAGUCACCUGUAGGGGCCCAAACCCAGCCCCAAUACCAAGAAAAUGAACAGUACUACGACGAAGAAUUUUAUGAAGAAAUGAUCGUCGACGACGACGGAAUCAUCAAACAGAAGAAAGUCUUUGUAGUAUCCUCGCCCACCAAGGACCAAGAAAGGUACCAAAAAACAAAAUCCCGGUAUGAGUACAUCCCACUGCAGGAGCAAAAUCGGUACAUAAUUUGCCAACAAAAUCCACCGCAAGUGCACUACGCCGAAGAAUUCGUCCAAGGUAGACCCAACCACCGCUACGAAUACAUCCCCGAGGAUUCCCCGCCAAAAUCCGUUACCCGGAACCGUUACGAGUACAUCCAGUUUGAGCCGCCAAGUCCCCGGAAACCCUCCGGAAACCCCAUCGCCACCCAAAAACUCCACGAACUCCUCUCAACUCCCAAAAAAUCGCCCUCUGUAAGGUCCCCCCACGCCCAACGAAGAGUCCCUGCGUCCCCCCAACACGACCCUUUCGUAACACCGCGUAAAAGUCAAACUAGGCAAAAACUGAACUACGCCCUCGGCACGCGCCAAAUCCAGGAUAAACGCCACACGGCGAUUGUGGCCCCCAUGUGCUCCAGCCCCCAAAGUGUCUACAGUGAGACCACAUUUUCGCACAAGAGCGACUCGUGGAUGAAUUUGGGGCCGAAGAAGCCGACCCAAGUGACGUUGGCUGUGGCGGCGGUGAUGAUGAUGUUAUGCGGGGGGGUCACGUUGGGGCUGUGUUUCUACAUGGUGUCCAUCAUGGGGCGGUUGUAUUUCCUGGAUUUCGGGAUUGUAGCCGGAUUUACUUGUCUGGUGUUGGGGUUUCUGGGGUUCAGGACGAGGAACUGUUACUGGUUGCCCAACCGGAACUACAUUUCCGGUUAUAUCGUUUUGAGUGUGUUUAGUCUUCUGAUGUGCGCGGGGCUGUUGGUACUACUUGUAUUGCAACCCAAGCCGGGCACACCUCUCGCGGAUAUGACUUCCGGUGCGGUUUGCGGUAUUUCCGUUUUGUCACUAGUGUUGGCAUCUGCAGGAGUGAUGACCAGUUACUGUUGUAAAUAUCCUCCCCCUGAUAACAGAGUGGAACACAGUGUCCCAGGAUUCACGGUUUAAAACCUCGUAUUUAUGCUAAAGUAAUAUAUUUAUUAUGAUUUAUAAAAUUUAAUCAGCGGAAAUUGUAAAUAAUAUUUAUUGUAGGUAUUGAUUGUUUUUAUAUAAUAAACGGUUUUACAACAA